UUCUCAUUCCUCAGAUGCGAUGCCACCGCAGCAGCCAUGUAAACAAAGCGUGUAACUUCCACUGUGUGUGAUAAAUGGAGCUUCUGUAAUCAUGGGGAAGCGGGAUAACAGAGUGCCCUACCUAAACCCAAUAGCUGCUGCUAGAGCCAGAGGACCUACACCUCUCUCCGGUCCCACCAUUCAGGACUAUCUCAGCAGGCCUCGGCCAACAUGGGAGGAGGUGAAAGAGCAGCUGGAAAAGAAGAAGAAAGGAUCAAGAGCUCUGGCUGACUUUGAGGAUAAAAUGAAUGAGAGAUGGAGGAAAGAAUUGGAGAAAAACAGAGAAAGGUUACUGGGAGGAGGUGAAAAGAAAGAAAAGGAAAAAGAGAAGAAAGAGAAAAAGAGAAAAGAAAAAAAGAAAUCCAGUAGGCAUUCUUCGUCUUCUUCCUCCUCCUCAUCGAGUUCUGAUUCCUCCAGCAGUUCGUCUUCUGAGUCUGAAGAUGAGAACGUAAGGAAGAAAGUGAAGAAGAAACGGAAAAGAAAGCAGUCCUCAGCACGGAAAGCCUCAGACGAUUCGGAUGCAGAGUCAGAACCUGACAGCAAGGAAUCAUCCAGAAAGAAAAGGAAGAAACUCAGGGAGGAUGGAGUAAAAGUUAAGGAUGAUAAGGGUGGGUUGAAAAAGAUUAAGACUGAAAAAAGUGACUCAGAUGACUCUUCAGACGAAUCCGAUUUAGAUGAUAACACUGAAGCCAAGAGAAAAAGACGAAGCAGUGAGGAGAAGGAGAAAAGUACGGACAAAUCAAAGAAAAAAAAGAAUAAGCGGAAACAUAAGAAACACAACAAGAAGAAAAAAAAGAAGAAGAGUUCUGGAUCAGAGGUAGACAGAGAUGCAGGUGUGUCCAAUCCUGACUGAAGCUGGUGUGCUAGUUUCACUUGGCUGGAAAAAGUAUGGGACAGUGGAACUGUGAUUCUGGUAGCUGCUUAUGCUUGCAGCAGUGUGACCCCCCCUACAUACACAGAAGGAUGAUUGUGUGGACUGAUGGAUUGUAUGGUUCGAGUUUGAGCUUGACGACCUCUUUUUUUAAUUAGUUAUUGUUUUGCUUGUAUUUUUAAGCACGUCAUCUGUCCUAAUAAAGCAUUAUUAUCCCA